AUGGCGUCGAAAAAGUCUGAUGACAAGCCCAAGGUUCCCAUUCAACCUGUUCCGGAGAAGCGUGGCUAUGAAUUUCAGGGGCCCAUUGGAGCUUUCGGCAUCAUCUUCGGCCUACCUGUUCUGAUCUACGCCUUCACGUUCCUCUGUAACGAUAUCUCUGGCUGUCCCGCGCCAUCCCUUCUUUAUCCCUCGACAUUUUCAAUUGAUAAGCUGAAGCAGGAGGUGGGCUGGCCACAGGAUGGGAACAGAGCGUUUUACGACACUCGAGUCACUCAGUGGGUGCUGAGCUACUACCUUUUGAGCUUGUUCCUGCAAGUGUUCCUCCCUGGCACCGAAGUCGAGGGAACUGAGCUUGCCUGUGGAGGACGGCUUAAAUACAAGUUCAAUGCUUUCCUGUCGGCUGCCUUGAUCCUGUCGGGAUGUGCAGUUGGCACAUAUUUGAACGGUGCAGACUUCGUGGUUUGGACUUUCCUGUGGGAUAACUAUGUGCAGGUGAUCACAGCAAAUCUGAUAAUCUGCACUGUCAUUGCAUUCUUUGUCUACGUGAGGAGCUUCUCAGUUCCCGCUCCUGGUCAGCUGAACCCCGAGCUUCGGCAAUUAGCCCCUGGGGGCCACACUGGCAAUGCAUUGUACGAUUUCUUCAUCGGCCGGGAGCUCAACCCCCGCAUCGAGCUGCCCAUCCCGUUCGUGAGCAAGACGGCGCGGACCAUUGACAUCAAGUCGUGGUGUGAGAUGAGGCCCGGUCUGCUGGGAUGGAUCAUUCUCAACCUGUCCAACAUCGCUCAUCAGUACCGCACCCACGGCUACAUCACCGACUCGAUUGUCUUCGCGACUGUGUUCCAGGCAUUCUACGUUCUGGAUGGCCUUUACAUGGAGCCGGCCCUUUUGACGACGAUGGACAUCAUCAUGGAUGGGUUUGGUUUCAUGCUUUCCUUUGGCGAUUUGGUCUGGGUUCCAUUUCUGUACAACUUCCAGACCAGAUACCUCUCCGUCUAUCCCUACGAGCUCGGUCUGAGCGGAAUCCUCAUUGUUCUGGCCGUGACUGCAGUGGGCUACUCGAUCUUCCGCGGCGCCAACAACCAGAAGAACCGCUUCCGCACCAACCCCGACGACCCCCGUGUGAAGCAUAUCAAGUAUAUCAAAACGGCCACUGGCUCCAAGCUAAUGACGUCCGGCUGGUGGGGCUGUGCGCGCCACAUCAACUACCUUGGCGAUUGGAUCAUGUCUUGGUCUUACUGCCUCCCUACCGGUAUUGCCGGUUAUGCUAUCAUCGAGAGCAUCAGCCCGUCAUCUGGAGAGAUUCAUAGGCAGGCCGUGCAAACACCCGAGGCUCGCGGCUGGGGAAUGGUGUUCACGUAUUUCUACAUGAUUUACUUCGGCGUGUUGCUGAUUCACCGGGAACGCCGUGAUGAAGAGAAGUGCAAGAGGAAGUACGGCGCCGACUGGGACCGUUAUACAUCCCUUGUCCGAAGCCGGAUCAUUCCGGGUAUCUACUAA